AUGAACUCUCACAAUCUACGAGCAAUUUCCUCGCUCCUCCAGGCCGGGAACAAUCUCUUAACUGGAUCGUCGUCGUCAUCAUGCUCCGGUGACAUAAAAAUAACCUCCCAAACCGAUGCCGACGCCUUCAAGGAUUGCGAAACCAUCAACGGCCCUGUAACCAUCACCUCCGCCGCCAGCGGAACCAUCAGUCUAUCCAAAGUUGAGGAAAUCAAGGGCCCGUUGACGAUCGAGGGGACGUCGAGUCUGAAUGGGUUCGCCGCGAGCAAUUUGGAGAGUGUUUCGUCGCCGAUCACGAUCAAGGAUAAUGGAGGGCUGAAUAGUGUUUCGUUGGGGAAUUUGCAGAGUACCGGAGGUGGGAUUAGCAUUGAAGGGAAUGAGGGGUUGAGGGAGGUGAGGUUAGAUGAGUUGGAGAAGGUGAAUGGGAAUUUGGUUUUGAAGGGCGAGUUUGAUCGAAUAUCGAUGGGGAACUUGGAGAAUGUGUAUGGCGAGACGCAGAUUCAGAGUUCCGGGUCAUUUUCCUGCUCGAGUCUAAACAAGCUGAAGGACGAUAAGCAUGCGUUUACGGGCACGUUCUCUUGUUCAGAGAAGGGGUCGUCGGGCCUUAGCUCCGGGGCGAAGGCGGGCAUCGCUAUUGGGGUUAUUCUUGGGGUUAUCAUUGUUGGUGUUCUCGUUUGGUUGUGUAUGCGACGGCAACGGAAGCUGAGACGGAAGGCUGCCCUCGCUGGCGUCACUGCAGUUGGCGCCGCGGGGCCAGCGGGGAGAGACGUGGAGAGAGGUGAUGAGAAGAAAGGUCCUAGCGCCGUCUCGAAUAGUUCCCCGUCAAGUCAACCCCCGAGCCCGCCUGCUGAUACUGAGGCGGCUGUGAGCGCUAUACCGAGGAAGCCGCUUUCACCGGCGCCGCAGACGGUCCCCACGGCGUUGUUGCCUGGCGAUCGGUCUUCGAGAAUUCUGAGCAAUCCGGAUGACCCGUCGUUGUUCUUGAGGGCGAUGCCGAGGCGGAGGCCGUCUGAGUCGGAGGUUCCUAUGCUAGACAGUGAGAACGUGCAUGAGGCGCCGCCGGCUGAAGUCGGGAGGAGACAAGAGGGGUUGUUCGAAUUGGAUGCUGGGCCGGUUAGUGGCAAGCAUCAACAGGCCAUGCAUCAUGGAUAA